AUGGAUAACCCUUCAUCCGGCGGCACAUUGAAAGUGCUUGUCUUCUCUGCCGGCGCAUGCAAUCAACUCCCGUCAAAUGAUGACGGGGCCGAGCGCAGACGACAAGAGGUAGCGGUCAGUGCGUCCCCACAAACCCCAGCUCUAUGGGGCGUUGGCACAGUUCAAUAA